UCCAUGCGCAUCCACACACUUUCGACUUGGAAACUACAGGAUUGGACAAGAGGAUACGUGCUUUUAAAAAACAUGGAUUCGAUCUUGUGUUUGCGCCUUUGCCGCUGAUUCGACUUUUUCUUCUUCCAUUUUUUUUUUUGUUGUGUUUGUUGUGUGUGUCUGUGUGAGUGUGCUGCGUGUCAAUGUGGACCUCGGAGCUGUUUUGACGCCCUAUAUUUCGGCGUCGACUGGUGUCUCGAGCGCGCCGAUCCUAAACUGGAUGUUUAUCCCGGACUCUUUCCGUCAAGUCGCCCGCAUGACCGAGCUCGGGUGCGGGCACAGAGCGGGCUGCCCACUCGGGAAGAGCCGCGGCUAAAGUUUGCAGGGGCUGGCCGUUCCCACCUCCGGAUUGCCGAUCUGUCUGGAUUUACGCACCUUCCAGUAACACCAUUAACACCCCGCCUCAAACCAUGAAGACCAUUAUUGCUGAUGGGGGGCGGUUCCUGGUCCUGAUCAUGUGGCUGAACUUUGCACCUCAAAGCGACAGCUGCCCUGCUAAGUGCGUGUGCUACAGCGAACCGCGGCCCACCGUGGCGUGCCAGCAACAGGGACUCUUUUCCAUCCCUACCGAGAUUCCCGUGCGGAGCCAGCGAAUCUUCCUCCAGAGCAACAAGCUGACGGUCGUGAGAUCCACCAGCUUCAGCUCUUGCCAAAAUCUCACCGUCCUGUGGCUCUACUCGAACAACAUUAGCCACAUCGAGGCCGGUGCCUUCUACGGCUUGGAGAAACUGGAGGAACUGGACAUAGGGGACAACGGCAACCUUCGCACCAUCAGCCCGACGGCCUUCCGAGGUUUAACCAAGCUGCACACCCUCCACCUGCACAGAUGCGGCCUGUCCGAACUGCCCGUGGGGGUUUUCCGAGGAAUGUUCUCCCUACAGUACCUUUACUUGCAGGAUAAUAACAUUUUAACCCUGCAUGACGACACUUUUGUGGACCUUGCCAACCUUACGUAUCUCUACCUGCACAACAACAAGAUCAAGAUCGUGACUGACAAUAUGUUCCGUGGUUUGAUCAAUCUCGACCGCCUGCUACUACACCAGAACCGCGUCAUUUUCGUCCAACCGCGGGCUUUUGGCGAUCUGGCCAAGCUGAAAUCCCUGUUUUUGUUUUUCAACAACCUCACCGUCUUGACGGGGGAAACGAUGGAUCCGCUGAGCACCCUCCAGUACUUGCGCUUAAAUGGGAACCAGUGGAUUUGCGACUGUCGGGCCAGGACCUUGUGGGAGUGGUUCAAACGUUUCAAGGGUUCCAGCUCGGAGUUGGAGUGCGACGUUCCGGACUUCCUGGCGGGGAAAGACCUGAAGCGACUUAAGAGCGAAGACUUGGAGGGAUGUGUGGAAACGCCUCAAAUCCAGACCAAUCUCUACACCUCCAAGGCCCAGUCCGGCAAGUUCCCCUCCACUGAAAAUCCUCAAGGGGACACGAUUCCCAGAUGUUGUCUCGGCGAUAACGACAAGUCCUCCAUCCUGUCUGGCAAGAGUCGCCAAAUUACUCACAACCCCUUGAAGGAAAAGGAGAACAUGUCCAAGACGAAAUUUAAGGAUCCGGAAAGAACAAAAAAUGACACCCAGAACAAGCAGAACGACGGGCCUCUUGGAACCUUAUCCAACACCCUGGACAAGCCUCUGGAAAAUAUGAACCCGAACCUUAUAGACAGUCUAGAAUCUUCAACAACCUCAAGCAAAAAGAAAAAGAAAUGCUCCAAAAAGCCGCGAUCAGACACCCACUGCAUUAAAGGCCGGGGCGCUACGCUGGAAGUGCUGCGCUUUCUCCUCAUUCCCACGAUCUGGAUCUCUCUAGCCAUGUCUUAGGACUCCUGAUGUGAUUCCAAAUGCAGGACUGAAGAUUGCGGAUGCUCGUGACAAUGAUAAGAGAGGAUGCAGAGGCAUCGACAACAGGCAGUGACUGAAAAAGUGAGUUGCUAACAUUCGCCCGAGAACAGAGGAUGAAGACAGAGUGCGGGAAAACAAAAUGGAUGCCUUUACAGAACACAACAGAUUUGAUGUAAAUAAUGAAUCGGUGCCCAAAAUCGUUUGUUCUCUAUGUACUGAACUGUAUGUGUCGAAGCUACAUUUUGGAGCGCCCCCCCCCCCCCCACCCCUUAUUCAAAGCUUCUCCUGCUUCGAGAGUCCACCAAAAGAAAAAAAAAGAAAAAAAAGGACAAGCUAUCCGACACAGUAAGCACACGACGAAUGUUGGGUCCAUUUAAUGAAAACUAAGGAACCCCUGCCCCCACCCCUCCAUUAUUUAUUGAAAGUGAUGCAUCUGUCGAGUAAUGUUAUGUUUGUUAUGUUAAAAAAAAAAAAUGUUGUUUUAUCUUCCCCCAUCUUUCUUUUAAUUUUCAGGAGAGAAAGAAUAUAUGGGUAGCAUUUGCCAAAAAAGAAUGCUGUCAAUUUGUUUAUUGCGACGGAAUCAUAGAUAUGCAUUUUAUUUUACUUGUGUACAAGUAUGAAUAUAUUAUGAAUAAAAGUUCUUAUUUCGUA